AUGGGGAAAUCCAACAGCAAGUUGAAGCCCGAAGUUGUGGAGGAGCUGACCAGGAAGACCUACUUUACCGAGAAGGAAGUCCAGCAGUGGUACAAAGGCUUCAUCAAAGACUGCCCCAGCGGGCAGCUGGAUGCUGCAGGCUUCCAGAAAAUCUAUAAGCAGUUCUUCCCAUUUGGAGAUCCUACCAAGUUCGCCACGUUUGUUUUCAACGUCUUUGACGAAAACAAGGACGGGCGGAUCGAGUUCUCUGAGUUCAUCCAGGCGCUGUCGGUGACCUCAAGGGGGACCCUGGAUGAGAAGCUUCGGUGGGCCUUCAAGCUCUACGACCUGGAUAACGACGGCUACAUCACCAGGAACGAGAUGCUGGACAUCGUGGAUGCCAUUUACCAGAUGGUGGGGAACACCGUGGAGCUCCCCGAGGAGGAAAACACCCCCGAGAAGAGGGUGGACCGGAUCUUCGCCAUGAUGGACAAGAACGCCGACGGGAAGCUGACCCUGCAGGAAUUCCAGGAAGGAUCAAAGGCAGACCCCUCCAUCGUGCAGGCGCUGUCCCUCUAUGACGGGCUGGUAUAG